AUAAUCCCGAGCCCACGAUCCUGGUCCUCCCCCCUACGCCGUGCUGUGCUCGAGUGUCAACGUCAUCCCGUAGCCCCGCCGCCGCCUCCGCCACAAGCGAACAAGGCCAAAGAAGAUGGCUGAAGUUGAAACCUUUCUCUUCACAUCUGAGUCUGUCAAUGAGGGGCACCCUGACAAGCUCUGUGACCAGAUAUCUGAUGCUGUGCUAGAUGCAUGCCUGGCUGAAGAUCCUGACAGCAAGGUUGCUUGUGAGACAUGCACCAAGACCAACAUGGUCAUGGUUUUCGGUGAGAUCACUACCAAGGCCAAUGUUGAUUAUGAGAAGAUUGUCAGGGACACUUGCCGUGGCAUUGGUUUUGUGUCCAAUGAUGUAGGGCUUGAUGCUGACCACUGCAAGGUACUUGUCAACAUUGAGCAGCAGUCCCCUGACAUCGCUCAGGGUGUCCAUGGCCACUUUACCAAGCGGCCUGAGGAGAUUGGCGCUGGUGACCAGGGCCAUAUGUUUGGAUAUGCAACUGAUGAGACUCCUGAGUUCAUGCCCCUCAGCCAUGUUCUUGCUACCAAGCUUGGAGCUUGUCUCACCGAGGUUCGCAAGAACGCGACCUGCCCGUGGUUGAGGCCUGAUGGCAAGACCCAGGUGACUGUGGAGUAUCACAAUGACAAUGGUGCCAUGGUCCCUAUACGUGUCCACACUGUGCUCAUCUCUACCCAGCAUGAUGAGACAGUGACCAACGAUGAGAUUGCUGCUGAUCUGAAGGAGCAUGUGAUUAAGCCUGUCAUCCCAGAGCAGUACCUUGAUGAGAAUACCAUCUUCCAUCUCAACCCAUCUGGCCGCUUUGUCAUUGGUGGACCUCAUGGCGAUGCUGGUCUCACUGGCAGGAAGAUCAUCAUUGACACUUAUGGUGGCUGGGGAGCUCAUGGUGGAGGCGCUUUCUCUGGCAAGGACCCAACCAAGGUUGACCGCAGUGGUGCAUAUAUUGCAAGGCAGGCGGCGAAGAGCAUUGUCGCCAGUGGCAUUGCCCGCCGCUGCAUCGUCCAGGUGUCUUAUGCUAUUGGCGUGCCUGAACCACUCUCUGUCUUUGUUGACACAUACGGCACGGGCAAGAUCCCUGACAAGGAGAUCCUCGAGAUUGUUAAGGAGAACUUCGACUUCAGGCCAGGCAUGAUCAUCAUCAACCUUGACCUCAAGAGGGGCGGGAGCGGGCGCUACCUCAAGACGGCGGCAUACGGGCACUUCGGCAGGGAUGGCGCGGACUUCACCUGGGAGGUUGUGAAGCCCCUCAAGUGGGAGAAGCCUUCUGCCUGAGCAAACACUUAGCGAAGCCUCUGAAUAAAAUUAGUUUUACCUGUCGCAGCAAGUAAUAUCUCUAUUCAUUGCUCCAGUGCUGCAACGGUGCAAGUCUUUUUUUUUCAGUGUGUUUAGAGGUGCAUGUAUCGUGGGUGUGCUACUUGUGUUCUUAUCUGCUCAAGUCAUGGUAAUGGUGACGACAAGAUUGAAACUAUCCAAGAAAUAUAGCUCUCCACUCUUUGGUAA